GCCAGUUGGCUCGUUGACUCAUCCCUGCAUUCGGUCGUGUCUCACCGAGUCCUGCGUCAGGGACGUCGCGCAGGCCGCAAUUCUCUGCCGGAAAAACCACGCCCGUCUUUUUGGCCUGCCUUGCUCGUUAGCAUAUACGAAAACAUGAUGGCGAGGCAGAUAUGUCGUUCUUUGUGGCUAUCAUGGCGCCCGCAUCGUCUUAUUUCAAAGUCCGCCAUGGAUGUACGGAGGUUGUCCAUGCAGCCCCCAACGAUGCACCUCCGGCCGCGUGUGUUCCCAACUAGUGGAUUUGAAAUCAUCGAUCCGUGCCAGAAGGUAGAGGAGGAGCGGCUGCCCUUCUACAAGCAAGAUGACUAUUAUCCAAUGAGAAUGGGCGAGGUCAUCAAGGACCGCUACCAGGUUGUCGCGAAGCUCGGUUACGGCACAGGCUCGACAGUUUGGCUUUCGCGUGAUCUCAGCGAACAGAAGUACUGGGUCUUGAAGGUGCAUAUCCAUACCUUGAAAGAAAACCAGGAGAUCAAGGUUUAUCGACACAUAGCUGGGGCCAGUCUGGGUGACCAUCCCGGACGCGAAUAUGUCCGACGGUUCGAAGACUCGUUCAAGCUCAAGGGCCCAUGUGGAGAGCACGACGUGCUUGUCAUGGUACCCCUAGGCAUGAGCUUGAGGACUUUGCAGGAAAUGCAAAAGGAUGCCGUCUUUCAACAGGAUCUUGUUUUGAGAGCCAUGGACCAAGUACUACUCGGACUCGAGUAUCUUCAUGAAGUAGAUGCCAUCCAUACGGAUCUCCAUGCCGAUAACUUACUCGUUGCCAUUACGGACGACUCAGUUUUCGCUAUGGUGGAAGAGAACGAGGUAGACACGCCAUCUGCGCGAAAACAAGCGGGUGAUGUAACAAUCUACGUCUCUCAAUAUAUGUUGGGAGGCGCCGGCCCUCUCACCAUUAGCGAUUUAGGGCAAGCGCGCAUCGGAAGACAGCACCGAGGGAAUGCCAUGCCGAUACCAUAUCGAGCACCUGAGGUGAUACUUAACAUGCCUUGGGGAGCAGCCGUGGAUGCAUGGAGCGUAGGACUUCUGGCCUGGGAUCUGCUCGAGAAAGAAGGCCUGUUCCGAAUUUACGACCACGACUGUCAGGAGGAGAACGAUGCUCACCAUCUUGCGGCAAUGACGGCCUUUCUCGGUCCACCGCCACCCGAAUUUCUAAGGAGCAGCGCCGAAGCAAAGAAAUACUGGAACGAUGAGGAGCAAUGGCAUGGGCCUGUCCCAUUGCCCUCCAAGCCGAGGCUAGAGUCUUUGGCGACUAGGUUGGCAGGGAAAAACAGGGACAUGUUCCUAGACUUCCUGCAGUGUGUCCUCCGCUGGCGCCCGAAAGAACGGCUCACCUGCCUGCAGGCGUACUUUCACCCUUGGUUGAGAGGUGAGGGAUCUUGAACGCGGAGGGUCUGUUGCGACAUGCCGAGUGCGCGACAGUGUGUGACUGGAGC